CCCUGAAUUACGUCGAAUCAUCGAGUUACAAAAAGAAAUGAAUGAAGCAUUUGGAAAUGGUACCCUUGCUGAUUUCAUUCCUAUAGUCCGUCAGUUAAUAAGUUUAAAAAAUUGGCAAUAGAAUCCUCUAUAAUGACUGAAAAAGAAGUUAGUCAGCAUUUAGAAAGAUAUAGUCCAGAUGAGCCUGCUAAUGAUCUGAUAGAGCUACUUCUACAAGCACAGAGAGAAGAAUUACAAGGAAAUGAUGAUGAAACAUCUAGAAAAUUGACAGACGUACACAUCAAGCAAAUUGUGGAUGAUCUUUUCAGUGCUGGAACGGACACAUCAUCAACUACAUUAUUGUGGGGCAUCGGUUGUAUGAUCGACAACCCGUCUAUACAGGAAAAAAUUAAGAUGGAACUUGACGAAGUCAUUGGAGGCAGACCGCCACGAGUAAGUGAUCGUGGAAAGUUGCCAUAUACGGAGGCUGCCAUCAUGGAGAUAAUGCGAUUUGGAACAGUUGCACCUCUUGCUGUGACUCAUCGAGCACUUAAAGACUCUUCUAUUGGCUUGUACACGAUACCAGAAGAUACGUGGGUGUUCUUUAACCUAUGGGCACUUCACAAUGACCCGAAAUAUUGGGAUGCACCAGAGGUUUUCCAACCAGAGCGAUUUUUGGAUUCAUUCAACUCUGUUAAGCAACGUCUACCGAGCUUCCUGCCGUUCUCCACUGGUCGUAGAGUGUGCGUUGGAGAAUCCUUGGCUAAAGCAGAGAUUUUUCUUCUUUUUACGUGGUUAAUUCAGAAUUACAAAUUCUCUAAGCCACCAGGUGUGGAAGGUCCGGUAGCGGUCAGUGGUUCUCCACAGGCAAUAGUAAAUGUUCCAAAGCCUUAUAAAACUAUUGCUACACCACGCGAUCAAAUAUAAUAAUACUAAUAUAUCGUAUCAUAUCAAUUAUUUCGUCUUCAGUUCAAUUAUACCCGCACAACAAUGAUAUUUAACACCAGAAGGAAUUGCUCAAAAGUGGCGUUGACUAAUGUCUGGAAGCUUUGGAAGUGCCGAUAGCAACAAAACAACAUACAUAAGAAACUGAAAUGUUUCAUGUUAAAAUUAUAAUUUUUUAGAUAGAUAAUCUAGAUAUUUAAUAAUUUUAUUUUAUAAUAUUUUUAAAAUUUGGUUGUAAUUUUACUUUUCAGUUCUUAACAUUAUUGUACAACAAUACGUAUAACAAUGUUGUUUUCAUUUUGUAUUAAUUAGGAAUGCAAUGUUUGUGAAUUCUAAAAAAUAUAUAUUGACAUUUUUAUUAUGAUCGACAUUGUAUUCUAUAAAAUAAUUGUAUAAUGUAAAUUUUGUAUUGAAUCCUUUUUGAAAACCUUACCCCUGGUUUUUAAGUGUUUUGGUAGAUAAUAUAUACAUAUAUAACAGUAGAAAAAAUGACCAAGUAUAGACCAUAUUUAUCAGGUUUAUCUUGCCGACGUCUCGCAACUCACUGGGGGAUUCAAAGAGUAUAAAACUGCAAGAGGUCCGACUGCUUUGAUUUCGUAUGUCAGUAAGUUUUGUUACUAGGCAAUGGAAAGCUAAAAGUACUGCCACGAAAUAUGGGGCGCCCUACACAUAGAAACUCGUACGAAUCUUUUAAAGGUUACGCGCCUCUUCGUGGAAGUACUUUUUGCGUUCCCCGGCAGUCGGACCUCUUGCCAUUUUAGUACUCUUUGGGGGACUUUAAGAGGCCUAGCCUAGCCCUAGCAGCUAUCUAGUGUCAAAAAGAGCGCUGAACGCACACACUGGUAACUACGCGGCGCGCGAAAUGCAUAGGUCCCCAAUGAUAUUUGCUAGGUUAUCGGAAAAUUUCCUCUCAAAUUUCGCGAAAAAUGUUCUAUUCUGUUUUAUAUACCUCAUACAUGAUUCUAUGCAUCUGAUUGGUUAAGAAGAGGGGGGGGGGAGGAAAUGGAAAGUACAUAUUCCCCUCAAAAAGUAUAAUUCCCCUCAAAAAGUAUAAUUCCCCUCAAAAAUAGCAUUUUUUUUAACCUGUAGCGUCGCGAAUGUGCCAACUCUAGGCCCACUACAUCGCGCUGCUGACGGUAAAAGGGGACUGCGACGAGAUUAUCCUCUGACCGCGUCACGGAUCAGCGAGUAGACGACAAACAAAUAGGCCAUGGAGGCUGCACGUUUCGAAAUGAAGGAGUACUAGCUUGGUCUAGCAUUACUUCUUGAUGAAGCCGAUAGCAAAUGUACCAAAAGACAAACUAAAUAUGUCUUAUCAAUAUUCGACAAAUAUAUUGCAAGAUGAUGGGUACUGUUGAAAUUGAGGAAGUAAGCAAAGAAGAGCUAAGAUCACACUCUUUGAUCGCCUAGGCUAGGCCUAGCUAGUCGAGUAGUAGUAGUAGUAGGCCUAGUAUGUCUCUAAUAUAACAGGCUAGGAAGUAAGUAUACUAUUUUAGGCCUUGUAGAAUCUAUGUAUGAUGUAUAUAAUAUUGACUGCUCUAUAUUCGGGGAACAGUGAAAUCUAUUGCUCCUUCGGCCCUCUGGAAGAUAGGCUACGGUCUCCAUAUCACCUUGAUGUGUAUCAGAACUUUGUGAACUUAUAAGGCUGGUAAAGGCUAACGGACUAGCAAUAAACAAAAAUAAUAUAGUA